AAGCUUUUCAAAAAUACAAAAUUUAUGUUAUUAUUCUAUUGACAUAAAUCCCUUUCCACUACAAAUAAAUCAAAGGUCAACAUGCAAUAAGAUUUAUCAAAAAAAAUGUUUAUACGUCGGAAUAUUUAGUUAUAAAUUUUUCAAAAUUUCAAGUAAAAUAAGUUUUCUAUAAUCUAAGCAAUAUGAUCAGAGCCGUCAUUUUGGGUGCUCCGGCAUCAGGAAAAGGAACAAUUUCUUCAAGAAUAACCAAAACUUUUAAUAUGCAACACAUUUCAAGUGGUGAUAAAUUAAGAGCGCACAUUGAGAAUCAGACUGAUUUAGGCAAAGUAGCAAAAAAGUAUAUUAAUGAUGGGCGACUGGUUCCUGAUAGUUUCAUGAUCAAAUUUAUACAUAGAGAAAUUGCUAGUGCAGGAUCUAUACCUUGGUUAUUAGAUGGAUACCCUAGAACUCUGCCACAAGCUGAAGCUCUUUGGUCAGCUUAUCCUUUAGAUAUGGUCAUAAAUCUUACCGUUCCAUUUGAUGUUAUAAUAGACAGAGUAAAAAGCAGAUGGAUACAUUUGUCAAGUGGAAGAGUUUAUAAUGUUGGAUUUAAUGAACCUAAAAUACCCGGCAAAGAUGAUAUCACUGGUGAACCAUUAGAACAAAGGGAAGAUGAUCAGCCAGCAUCCGUCAAAAAGCGUCUCACAAUAUAUGAAAACUUGACUAGACCUGUGAUUGAAUUUUACAGAAAAAAAGGCAUCCUCCAUGAUUUUAAAGGAAAUACUUCAGAUGAAAUUUGGCCUCACGUGCAGAAACUUCUAAAUAGAUAUAACCAAUUGAAAUUCAUACCGGAGUUGGAAAAACUAAGAAGAGAUGAUACAAUGAGUCGAAAUUUAUAGACACUCAACAUGACUAACAAAAGCAUAUGUACUUCAAGAAUUUA